AUGAGACGUGGUAAACACCCACUUUACUAUGUGACUAACUUGGAUACUGAAAGACAUUUAAAGUUGGAGACACGCGAUCCUGAUAAGAGACUUGCUGAGAACUCUUCGACAGCUCAUUACCGGGUUUGGCCUUCUUCAGGCUCAUUAGGUAGACGUAGCUUGCAGUUUUAUCUCAACGCUAUGUUUUAUUUGAACCAAAAUUGGACAGAAUUCGACAGAUAUUCUAAUUUGCACACGAACGUGGUAUUUACAGCACCCUUUCGGUGCCUAGCUGCCAUGCCACCCGAAGGUUGCACGAGGGUUGGGAUACUGCCAGGUUGCCCAAGUCUAGACAGGGGAAGUCGAGAGGCAGAGGUCGGUUUUGAACCAUGGACCUUCCGGUCAGUAAAUUCGCGCUCUAACCCUUGGAUCAUCUCGCACCAACGAUUAGUAUCAAGUGUUUCUAAUAAAAAAACGAGUGGUUGGUGCCUACUAGAAACUGGGAUACGCAGUUUUCUUCCAAAAAAAAAUGAUCUCAAGCACCAAGGUCACUCGAUACUCAGUCGCAUACUCACAGGGAGGACUGCCUCAGAAGUUCCUGAACAUAAUGCGUUCUUUGUAUUUUUAGAUUUCCGAAAGUGUGUGAAUAUACGGAGAGCUCUCCAAAAGCUUCUGCACACAAAGCAGUUGAUCGAUGAGAUGAUGAGACGCACUCUGGAAGGUCUUCAAGACCCUGGUGUUCAAAUACCCUCUGACGAAAAACUUGCCCACCUGGAAUAUGCAGACGACACCGUUGUCGUCUUCGAAGGGGAGAAGGUGCAGUUGCUUUGGAUGAACUAA